ACGAGCAAUAGAUCCCAUCCGUCCAUGGGCGACAGCAACCUGGAAGGCUUGAACCCAAUAAUAGUAUUAGGGGCAUCUUUUAUUUGAAUUAAGGACCGUUUUUUCCUCUCCCCAAACACAAUCACAAAUUACUCCUCGCUCUCAAAUUCACCCUGUAGCAGAUUGUUUGCUCGUUCUGAGAUAUAUUUAUAAAAAUAAAUAUAUACGCUGUGUUGCGCGCUGAAUUGAUUCAAUUGAAUUUGUGAAGCUCGUUGCUGGAUGUUGUCUAUUUUUACUUGAAUUCGUGUCGCCGCGGACUUGUCUACUUUUUACUUUGAGCAUAAAAAUUGUGUUAGUGCCUAACUCAUUCUAGGGAAGCAUAUAAUGAUUUGGGGAGGAAAAUCUGGAGCCUGUCUGUCACACAAAUAUGGAAAGUGAUACAGCAAGCACCACUCCUUCAGAUGGCUCCAGAGAUUGUUUACAAGGAGUUCAGUCUUUGCACGGGAGAACAAGUGGACCCACAAGGCGUUCCACUAAGGGACAAUGGACUCCAGAAGAGGAUGAGAUAUUGCGCAUGGCUGUUCAACGUUUCAAAGGAAAAAACUGGAAAAAGAUAGCGGAUUGUUUCAAGGAUCGAACAGAUGUACAGUGCCUACACAGAUGGCAGAAGGUUCUUGAUCCAGAACUUAUCAAAGGUCCUUGGUCUAAAGAGGAAGAUGAAAUGAUAAUCCAUUGUGUGAACAAAUAUGGGCCAAAAAAGUGGUCCACCAUUUCAAAGCAUCUUCCUGGACGCAUUGGAAAGCAAUGUCGUGAAAGGUGGCACAAUCAUCUUAAUCCUACCAUAAACAAAGAUGCUUGGACACAAGAAGAGGAAUUGGCUCUGAUUCAUGCCCAUCAAAUUUAUGGAAACAAGUGGGCAGAGUUAACAAAGUUCUUGCCUGGGAGGACUGAUAAUGCAAUAAAAAAUCACUGGAAUAGUUCUAUCAAAAAGAAACUGGACACAUAUUUAUCAUCAGGCUUACUUUCACAGUACCAAGGUCCGCCUAUUGUUAGUUAUCGAAAUCAAUCAGUGGCAUCCUCUUCUUCAAAAGCACAACAGAGCAGUGAAGAUGAUCCUGUUAUUAAAGACAGAGUAGAAGUGGGGGAAGCUUCAGAAUGCAGCCCACAUUCAACUGUGGCUAGUUUGCCUCAAUCUACAAAUGACCCAAUCAAUACAAUUAUACGUAAUAGAAAGAACUUUGGAGUCAGUGAAGAAUCCAAUCAUAAAAAAGAUCAAUGCUCCAGUUCAAUGACACGUUCUGAAGAUUUUCGCCCUGCUUUGCCAGACAAUACAUUUUCCAUGCUGGAAGUGCCUUCAGAAAUGAGCAUCUCUUCAAAGUUUCUUGAACAUGACUUACCUUUAGAUUGGGGGCCUUUUGCAGGGAAAGAUUGGCAGCUUAAUCCAAAUGAGCUACCGGACAUAUCUUUGCUGGAUCUAGGGCAAGAAGCAUCAGGACUACUCAUGCAAGCUAUAAAUGGCAGCAACCACCAUGACAAUAUAGACUUUCCACCAGAAGCUUCAAUUGAAUUGAAUGCUUCUACCGCCAUGGGAAACAUGGUUAUGAGUUCCGAUAUGCCUAAUCUUGUAAUUAAUUCAGAUUUCAGGGUGAUUUACCCAGAAAAGGGACGUGAUGUAUUUUAUCCAGCUGAAAAUGUUGGUGGUGGCAUUGAUGGAUCUGCAGAUUCGUUACUUCACCAAUCUUCAAAUUUCAUGAUCCCUAAAGAGGGAACCUUUGCUUCAAAGUCUUGCUGUUCUACGAGUUCUGACAUGCUGGGAAGCUCAUUUAGUAAACCUUUCCCCGAUCCAAGUGAACUUCCUCCUGAAGAUGGUUUGGUUAUGGAAGGUAUUGAUCCUUAUCAGCUGAACGAUUCCUUGUAUGGAAAUGCGGAGCAGGCGUCUGUCCCUGAUGAUGGUUGUUUUUCAUGUGAACAUGGAUCUGUGCAGGCAAACUGUUCGUUGAAGGAAGUUCCAAUUAAUGAUUUUUCCUUAACAUCGAAUGAUUCUCAAAGCUGUCCUUCCAGCGACAAAGGACGAGUCCUAACUUUCUCAAUCCCUGCAAAUGGAACUUUUACUUCACAGUCUUGCUGUUGUAAGAGUUCAGACAUGCUGGGAAUCUCAUUUAGUAAACCUUUUCCCGUUCCAAGUGAACUUCCUCCUCAAGAUGGUUUAGCUGUGUACGGUAUUGAUCCUUAUCAGUUGAAUGAUUCCUUGCUUGGUAAUGUGGAGCAGGAGUCUGUUCCUGAUGAUGGUGAUUUUUUUUAUGAACAUGGAUCUAAGCAGGCAAACUGUUCAUUGAAGCUAGUUCCAGUUAAUGAUUUUGUCUUAGCAUCAAGUGAUAUUCAAAGCUGUUUACCCAGGGACAAAGAUCCAGUUCUAACUUUCACAAUCCCUGAAGAUGGAACUUUUGCUUCACAUUAUUGCUGUUCUAUGAGUUCUGACAUGCUGGGAAGCUCAUUUAGUAAAUCUUUCCCCUUUCCAAGUGAACUUCCUCCUGAAGAUGGUUUAGGUAUGUACGGUAUUGAUCCUUAUUGGUUGAGUGAUUCCUUGCAUGGAAAUCCAGAGCAGGAGUCUGUUCCUGAAUAUGGUUGUUUUUCUUGUGAACGUGGAUCUGAGCAGGCAAACUGUUCACCGAAGCUAUUUUCAGUUAAUGAUUUUGUCUUAGCAUCAAAUGAUACUCAAAACUGUUCUUCCAGGGACAAAGAUCAAGUUCUAAUUUCUGCAAUCCCUGACAAUGGUCCUUUUGCUUCACAGUCUUGCUGUUCUAUGAUUUCUGACAUGCUGGGAAGCUCAUUUAGUGAACUUUUCCCCGUUCCAAGUGAACUUCCUCCUGAAGACGGUUUAGUCAUGUACGGUAUUGAUACUUAUCAGUUGAAUGAUUCCUUGGAUGGAAAUGCGGAGCAGAAGUCUGUUCUUGAAGAUGGUUGUUUUUGCUGUGAAUAUGGAUCUGAGCAGGCAAACUGUUCACAGAAGCUAGUUCCAAUUAAUGGUUUUGCCUUCGCCUCAAAUGAUGCUCAAAGCUGUUCUUCCAGGGACAAAGAUCCAGUUUUAACAGAUGAACAAAAUGAUUGUGGAGCUUUAUUCUAUGACUCCCCAUGCUUUCCAAGCUUGGAUAUUCCAUUUUUCAGUUGUGAUCUUGUUCAACCUGGCAGUGAUAUGCAACAAGGGUACAGUCCACUUGGCAUUCGCCAACUGAUGAUAUCUUCCUUGAAUUCAUUCAAAUGGUGGGACUCACCAUCUAGGGAAGAUAGUUCAGAUGCUGUUCAGAAAAGUAUUGCCAAAACUUUUACAGACGCACCAUCUAUACUGAAAAAAAGACGCCGCGAUCUGGUGUCUCCUCUGUCAGAAAACAGAAGUCUGAAACAGCUUGAAAGUGACUUGAGGCAGGACUCACUAUCCAACCUGUCCAUUGAAUGUUCUGGAUUAGAGGCCGUGUGUGAUGAAUGUGUAGACCAGAAAGUACUUAUGCUGUCAUCAUCUCCAAAUGACAGAAGAAACUCUGAAUCUACUUGGGUAGAUAAAGAAAAUGUGAUUCCUGAUUUUGAAGAGGGGAGAGAGGAGGGCAACAAAAGCUUUGUAAUUUCGGGAAGCAGAAUGCUACAGAAAGAAUUAAACAGCAGUGAGUUUAUGAAGAUAAAACAACAGAGUGCAAUAAUGGAUAUCAAAAAUAUGGCUGGAGGCAAUGAUUCAGUAAAAACCGGGCGCACCCUUGAUUUUAAUGAGUGUGGGACACCGGUGAAGAAAGCUGAAAAGUUGUCUAGCAGCAUUGGUUGCUCAAGUCCCUUCCCCCAUCUAAAGAGUUUCAGGUAAAAGGCGCUCAUAGCCGAGGCAUUGUGCUGUAAAAUCUGAGAGUCUAUACAUAUGUCUCCUUAGAUUAGUGUAUGAAUUGGUUUAUUCCAUUGUAAUGCUCUAAAAUCUGAGAGUCUACACAUGUCUCCUUUGAUUAGAGAGUGAAUUAAUUUAUUCUGUCGUUUAAAUUUUGUCAAAGUGUGUAGAGUUAUUAUAUGAAUUAGCUAUAGGUAUUGUUUUGCUGAAGUAUUAUCAUGGUUAAAUCUUUGGUUUCACAAUGUAAUUUUCACUACAACGAUCAUUUUAAAUGGUGUCUUUGCAAUAUAUUUUGGGCUUGUCUAUUAUGUCGAUCAA